UAGUGGUACCACUUCCACUCCAUGCACGAAGUCAACCUCCUCUACGACGAGCACAAGCACCCCAUGCACCAAGUCCUCUACGUCUUCCACCACGAGCGCGUCCACAUCUCCAUGCACUUCCUCCACGACGAGCUACUGGUACAAGCCCAGCACGAGUCCGUGCACCAAGUCCUCUUCUUCGUCCUCUACGACGCCUUGCACUGGAAGCACGACUUGGUCCAUGCCCACUCAUCCUCCGAAGUGGACCACCUCGACCACCACUGCGCCGUGCUCCUCCUCGUCUACUACGAGCCAGAAGCACUGUUCGGACUGUGAGAAGGGACACUGGUCUUCUACGUCUACGUCUACUUCGACGAAGGAACCCUGCACAAAGUGUGAGGCUCACCAGUCUUGGUCUACUUCUACCUGGACCAAGUGCACCAAAUGCGAAGCCGCUGCCACCUCAACCAGUCCCGUCGCCUACGUUGCCGCCGCCGCUGAAAUCACCAGUUCCUCUUCCUCCUCCGCUGCGAAGACCUCUCCGACUGUUGCUGUCCAGAGCGCGAAGCCUAGUAACGGAACGAUCGCGAGUACCUUCACGGGUGGUGCCGUUGGCUUGAGUGUGGGUGGUGCGGGGAUGAAGAUGGGUGUUGCGGUGGUUGUUGGUGGUGUUGCGAUGA